GCAGGAGGCGACUCUAGCAGUGUGCAAGAUCAGCUUCAUGAUGUGAAGUGCAUCCAAUCUACAAACACGGCCUUUGCCGCCCUCAGAGCUGACGGGACUGUGGUCUGUUGGGGCGAUGCCUACUCUGGUGCUGACAGCAAGGCCGUCCAA